CGAUAACCAAUGUCAUCGUGGUGCUGAGGCUUUUGCAAACCAAAAAUGUCUGCCUAAGGGAAACUCGUAACUGAUAUAGAGGAUAUUUUACACAGGUGUUGCCGUUUUAACCAUAGACAGUCUAUGGUUUUAACCCACAUUUCGCUCUUUUGAGGCGUUUUGCAAGAAAGCGAGUCUUCACCAGAUGACCCCAGUCGGGAUUUUAAGGUUUCUAGAUCGGCAGGAUGAAUCCUCAGCAGCGGAUUGCCGCUCUCGGAACAGACAAGGAAUUGAGUGACCUGCUGGAUUUCAGUGCGAUGUUCUCCCCACCUGUGAGCGGAGCGAAGAACAGGCCCACCACCCUCGGCAGCAGUCGGUUCACUGCAGCAGGUGUGGAGGAGCGGACCAACCAGGCGUCUUGGGCCCCAGGUGGCGAGCCCACUCCCCCCUACGAGUCCUCCCGGGGUUUCGCUGACAGUCCUCAUUACGGCGAUCAUUUGAGUGACAGUCGAUUAGUGUCCCAUGAAGGAUUGUCCCCAACACCUUUCAUGAACUCCAACAUAAUGGGUAAAUCAGAGCGGGCUCCGUUUCCUGGCUAUGGGAGGAAUCCUGGAGCAUCUGGCGGCCAGUCUUCCUCUGUAAGGUCGGACGUCGGGAUGGCGAGUCCGAGUCCGGUGACUCCGUCAAGGAAGUCUUCUGCUCCUUUCUACUCCUUCACUGCAGCCAAUCCUAGAAGACGUCCUCUGCAAGAUCCUCCAAUCAGUGAUCCUCUACAAACAAAAAAGGUUCGCAAGGUCCCUCCUGGCCUGCCUUCAUCUGUGUACGCACCAUCUCCAAACUCAGAAGACUACAACAGAGAGUCCCCUUCUUACUCUUCUCCGAAACCCUCCAGCAGUAUGUUUGCAAGCACUUUCUAUGAUGGUACCCACAGUUCGUCUGAUCCUUGGAACUCGUCCAAUGGGAUCAGUCAGCCCAGCUACACGGGAAUGCUCUCCGGAUCUUCAUCUCACAUGCCACAGUCAGGAAACUACAACGGCAUGCACGCACACGACCGUUUGAAUUACCCCUCACACUCUCCUGACAUCAAUGCCAGUCUUCCUCCCAUGUCCAGCUUCCAUCGAAGCAACAACAGCACUUCGCCAUUCGUCACCGCAGCGCACAGCUCGUCUGUCAACACAGGCGAUGGGGUCAUGGCUGCUGCAAAUCGGGGGAACACCACUGGAAGCUCAGAGACUGGAGAUGCAUUGGGCAAGGCUUUAGCUUCGAUUUACUCACCUGACCAUACUAGCAGUAGUUUUCCCUCCAACCCGUCGACACCUGUGGGUUCUCCUUCACCUCUGAGCGCCCCAGCAGGUGCUGCCUCAGCAGGGACCGCUGCUGGCCCCCCGUCUGGAAGGCCAGGUACCAACCAGUGGCCCCGCGCUGGAGGACAGACUCCGUCCUCUCCAAACUAUGAGAACUCCCUUCACUCCCUGUCUCGAAUGGAGGAUCGUCUGGACAGACUGGAUGAUGCAAUCCUCGUUCUGAGGAACCAUGCAGUCGGCUCCACCGCCAGUCUGCCCAGCGACAUACACAGUCUGCUGGGACAGGCACAAAACGGGCCAAUCGCAGCCCUCGGACUAAACUUCCCCGCCUCUGCAUUGGCUCCAAGUCGGACAGCAGCGAUGCAGGGCGGGGCCCACGCUGACGAUGCUGCCGGCCUCAACAACAACAACAACAACAACAGCCACGGAGGCCCGCCCAGCGCCAGCUCCACAUCCACUGCAGAACUCCACCACCAGUUGGAAACCUUCAGAGGUCUGGCCUCUGCUCUGGCCGGCCAGCUGCCCGGCGCUCUGGGGCUGAAGCUGGAGAAACACGACAAAGAUGACAUGAACCACCUCUCCAACGAUGACAAGUCGGAUGAUGAGGGCGACAGAAAAAAUAUGAUGACACCCAGAGGAGGCACACGCACGAGUUCUUUCUCACACAGCAUUGAGGAUGAGGACCUGAAUCCGGAGCAGAAGGCCGAGCGUGAGCGUGAGAGGAGGAUGGCUAACAACUCCCGUGAACGCCUAAGGGUGCGAGACAUCAACGAGGCCUUUAAGGAGCUGGGUCACAUGGUCCAGGUGCACCUGAAGAGCGAGAAGCCCCAGACCAAACUGCUCAUCCUCCAUCAGGCCGUGGCUGUCAUACUCAACCUGGAGCAGCAAGUCAGAGAGAGGAAUCUGAACCCCAAAGCAGCCUGCCUUAAGAGGAGGGAGGAGGAGAAAGUGUCCUCGGGCUCCGGGGACCGUCCAGGCCACGCCGACUCCUCUAACCCCAUGGGCCACCUCUGAGCAGCACACAGAUCAAAGCGAUCCACAUCAUCUCUGUCUGUGACCUUGCUUCUCAGUGACAGACAGGACUCACAGUUUGUGACACCAAUCGAAGGAGACAGACCACUUGAAGCAAAAAACGACGAGACUAACACAAUCCAGUCCUAGAAGAUUGAAGAAGAGCCGAGCGAAGCGUCCAGCUCCGUGUGAGCAGUUUCCAUCUGCAAAAUGUCUCCCCACAAAGAAAAAGUCUUCAGCACAUAUCACUGUCUGCAAGAAGUGUUGUUGCUUCUGAACAAUCAGAGACUUCGCAAUCUCCUCCAACCAUACGUGGAAAUUGCCUUGUGCCUAAACUGAAUUGACAAAUGCAUUGUAACAGCAAUUUCUUUUGUUUGUUUGUUUGUUUUUUUCCUUCUAUUUAUGAUGUUAUUGAACUACAGUAUGCAGUGUAUGUCUAAAGGGAACGUUGAGCAAAUUGAAAGAGAAGUAUGCAGCUUUUCAGUUUAUCUAUAGUUUGCCAGUGUCACCAUUAAAACUGAACACUCUGAAGCCAAAUCUCUGGCGAGUCCGAGAGGAGGGGGCGAUAUUUGAGCACUGAGAAAAUUAAUUUAUUGGCCAGUUUAGAGUGAUAUCUAUAGCCCACUGUCAAUGAUCACUAGCUUUUAGAAAUAACCGUCCCAUAACAAUAAGAACAGAGCCUAUAUUAUUUAUAUUUGAUCUAUACUGCCACUGACCACAUGUAACUCCUUAUGUUUCAGCUUAUGUGAUAACGACCCCCAGCAUAAUUGGCACGACUAAGUUAGCAUUACCAUAUUGUCUACAAAAGGUGAUGAAUGGCAAACUCUAGGUUUACUGAAAGCUCAGGUGUAGUUGUGUGUUUUUCAUCGUUAGGGAGAAGUGAAAUGUUUGCAAACCUUAGCAUUCCCUUCAUAUUUGUUGUGUCUUAACUAAAAGAAAAAGGGGAUCGUAUUGCCCUUCCUUUUGCCAUAUAGUGUUAAAUGUAAGCAAUGAGAUAUGUUUGCAGAUUCGUCUUGAUUAAGACGUAGUUAAGAAAGAAAACAAAUGCCGACGACCACACUUUCUCCUGGCCUGAUAAACACAUCCCUUGUUCUGGUAAUAUCUCAAGACAUUUUCAAACGCAGUUAUUCUAAGAUUUUUAGUUAUGCUUAUUUGUGUUGUAACAAGUCAUUUUUUAUUCUUCCAGCAUUAUCAUGUCCAGUUUCAGUCAGUUUUAACUUAUUUUCUAUUAUGUUUUCAUCCAAUAUAUAAAAACAGACCAGAUAUUUCAUGCAUUUCUGGAAUAUCAAAGAACUGUAGCACAAUAAUUUCUUUUAUGUUUUAAGACAUUCAUGGCUUUCAUUUGUUUUCCCUAUCAGUGUGCAUGCUUCAUGUUUGCCCUGGGUCUUAAGACUUGCUUUAUAUUCCAUGUAUUUCUUUGUAUAUUGUCUUCUAUCAUUAUCUACAACUUAAACAAGGCUGCCACAUUCGGAAUCAGAAACAGAUUUGGAUAGUCUUUACAAAAAAGGGACUAACCGUGAGCUUACAAUAAAUAUUUUAUAUUUUAAAUUGUUGUUCUUUAAAGAAAAAAAAUCUCAAGCUAAUUAUGUGAAUUUUUUUCUUGCUAUGAUCUCAGGAUUCAUGUUGGCAGACUUUGUUUAAGGAAUAGUGUGUGUGUCACUUCCUGCUCUUUUUUUAAUUUCAUGUGUUCCUACAGUAUAUUGCUUUGCUCCUCUGUUGCCAGGUUAGACUGCUGUAUUCCCAGAUGCUUUCCCUUGUAUAAUAUAUGAGAAAAAAGAACAUUUAAAAAAGAAAAAAAAACAUUUGGCUUAUUUUUCACUGUAGUUAGUCUUUUAUACAAUAAUACUGUAAGAAUAUUUCUUGAAUUCUAAAUAUUACUCUUUCUAGAUUUUUGAAAGCAAAAGUUUUGAGUAAAAAGUUUCUUACUUUAUUUUACUAUAUUAGAUAGUAAAAUGUAUGGUUAUUUACAAUAGCCUGUCCAUUAUUACAAGAUAUUCAGAAAUGCCAUCUCAAGAACAAAGCAUAAAUGUUGCUCGUAGUCUAACACAUUAAAAGACUAUCUACGAGCUCCAAAUUACUAAAAGUGCGACCUCCAUUUUCAUUUUCAGUCUCGUUGUUGAUUGAUCAAAUAUUUGUCCUGUUGUCAAAUGAAAAGGUUUUGUUGAUGCGCAUAAAAAAAACUGCGGCAAUGAGAAUUCGAAUUUUCUGUCUUUUCCAACAGAAAAACACAAUGUAUAUAACAUUUAUGUUGCAAUAAAUGUGCCAUCUUUUUUCUAAAUUCAA